CUUCGACUAAACUUCGGGUUAAGGAGGCUCUUUUUUUUGCUAUUUGAUGAACCCUGGAAGAAGGGAGUGAGGUCGGCGGGAGGCCUGGCGGAGGGCGGGGAGAGGACUGCGCAGACUCAGCUUUUCCACUCCCAGAGGAAGUCGUGAGUGCUGGAGUCUAUGGUCACCAUGGUGACGGGACCAACUUCCGCCCCCCUCACCUGCCCUGAUCCCCGCGAGGCGCACCAUGGCAACCGGACCUCUGCGUCGCGGAAUCUGGUCCCUCAGGUCGCUGUGGUUGGGGAACCGCGGCGGGCGUCGCCCCCAACCCGAGGGGACUCGAAAAUGUACAGCCAGCGAUUUGGCAUCAUACAGCGGGAGGUUAAGGGCCCCACUCCCAAAGUGGUGAUCGUGAGAGCCAAGCCUCCCAAAGGCCAAGGGGCUGAACAUCAUCUGGAAAGAAUCCGACGCAGCCAUCAGAAGCAUCAUGCUAUUUUGGCUUCCAUUAAGUCAAACGAGCGGGAUCGCUUGAAAGUUGAGUGGGACCAGCACAAUGACCGCAAGUUUGUGGACAGUCUUGUGAAAGCGAGAGUCAAGGAUGCCAUGCAAGGGUUUAUCAUCAAUACUGAAGAAAGACGAAAUAAGUUACGUGAACUUUUAGCAUCAGAAGAAAAUGAAUAUUUUAUUGAAAUGCAGUUGAAAGAAGAAACAAUUGAGGAGAAAAAAGAUAGAAUGAGAGAUAAAAUCAGAUUAUUAAGAGAGAAGAAAGAAAAAGAGAGACAGGAUUUUGUGGCUGAAAAGCUAGACCAGCAAUUCAGGGAACGCUGUGAGGAGCUCCGUGUUGAGUUGUCCUGUAUCCAUCAGAAGGCAGUGAGCAAGGAUCGGAAAGCACAGAUAGCAUUUAAUGAGGAGCUGAAAAGGCAGAAGCUGGUGGAAGAGCAGAUCUUCUCAAAGCUCUGGGAGGAAGACCGACUGGCCAAAGAGAAGCGAGAAGCCAAAGAGGCGAGGAGACAAAGAGAGCUGGUGGAGAACACACGGCUGGGGCUGAAUGCCCAGAUCACCAGCAUCCAGGCGCAAAGGCAGGCAGAGCGGCGGCUGAAGGAGGAGGAGGCGCGCCUUGUGGAAAAUGACAAAGCACAGGUGAAACUUGAGAAUGAACAGGAUAGGCUAAAGAAACAGAAGACAAAACAGGAAAUAAGGGCUGCUUUGCAAAAAGCCCUCCAAGAGAAGAUGGAGCAUAUUCAGCAGGAAUACAGAGAAGAUCAGGACUUGAACAUGAAGCUCAUGCAAAGCGCCCUUCAAAACUUACAGGAAGAGGCUGAUAAAAAGAAGCAAAAAAGAGAAGAUAUGAUAAGAGAACAGAAGAUAUAUCAUCAGUACUUGGCACAGCGGCGUGAGGAAGAAAAAGCUCAGGAGAAAGAACUGGACAGAAUGUUAGAGAAAGAGAAGGAAAAGAAGAUUGCUGAGAAGGACAAGGAGCUGAGACUUAAAAAGGAGGCAAGAAAACAACUUUUGAAUGAGGUCAUGUGUACAAGAAAACUGCAAGUUCAAGAAAAGUUGCAACGAAAAGCAAAAGAACAGGAAGAACGUGCUAUGGAACAGGAAUGCAUAAAUGAAGGUCUUAAAGAGCUUAACCGUGAAGAGAGGGAGGAUUUUACAAGACGCUCCAGUUUAGCCCAGGAGUACAGGAAGCAACUUCAGAUGCAAAUGUGCUCCCAACAGCAGGCCCGUGAAGCGGAGAAGGAGGAGGAACGCCGAGAGUUUGAAGCAGGGAUGACAGCAGAGAAGAAUUUCCAGGACAAGAUCCAGGAGAUCCUGUCCACCCAUCAAGUGCUGCCCCGAAAUAUUCAUCCCAUGCGGAGAGCAUGCCCUAAUAAACUUCCACCAUAGUUUCAUAAACA